AUGGCGCCAUCGAGAGCUUCCUUCGGUGGCACUUCACAACCUUGCUGUUCUGAAAUGGAUGAAGAACAUCGAGAUAUGAAAGCACACAAAGUACACUGCGAGAUGCUUCAUUACGUUGCAGAUGCACAACAGGGGAUUCCCAAACUAUGCCCCUAUGGAUCAAUCACGAAGGAAUUCGUAGAUGAAAAGGAUACAUAUGACUACACCCCUGAAAAAGAUACUUUAUCUGCAAAGACUACCAGGCAACCAUGGGUUAUGGAUGUUGAACAAGAGGUUGAGAGGCUCAAACUACGCGUCCACGAUCAUGAGAAGCUUCUGAGAGAGUGCGCUACACUUAAGGCACAGGUGAGUAUGCUGCUUAGGCGUGUGUCUGAGCUUGAGAGAGUCAUGUGA